AUGCCACACAACUUGUUGAACAAACCAGCACCAGCAGACAUCGUCCUCCAAAACCAAAAUGGCGAGGAAGUAAACUUGAGUUCGUUUAUCGGAAGUCGACCUACAAUUGUAUUCUUUUAUCCUAAAGAUGAAACGUCAGGAUGCACCAAGGAGGUCUGUUCGUUCCGUGAUUCUUACAACGUAUUCAGCGACGCUGGGGCAGUAGUAGUUGGCAUAUCAGCUGAUCCUAUCUCAAGUCAUAAAAGAUUUUCCGACACAAAUCGGCUAAAUUUUCCUCUCCUCUCCGAUGCCGACGGGGUUGCAAGAAAGGCAUUCCAAGUUUCUAAGAGUUUAUUCGGAAUGAUCGCAGGACGUGUCACUUAUCUCAUAGACAGGGAAGGAAUCAUACGCCAAGUAUUCAACUCUCAGACUGAUAUCGAGGGGCAUGUGAAAAAAAGUUUGGAAUUUGUGGCAGAACAAUGUGAAACUGAGUGA